AUGGACCUAAUGAAUGGGCAGUCGAGCAACAUUAACAUUGCAGCUACUGCUUCUGAGAAAAGUAGCAGUUCCGAAUCAUUAAGUGACAAAGGCUCUGAACUAAAGAAGAGUUUUGAUGCUGUGGUAUUCGAUGUUCUUAAGGUUACACCAGAAGAAUAUGCGGGUCAGAUAACAUUAAUGGAUGUCCCAGUAUUUAAGGCUAUUCAACCUGAUGAGCUUUCAAGUUGUGGAUGGAAUAAAAAAGAGAAGUACAGUUCUGCACCAAAUGCAGUUGCCUUCACAAGAAGAUUUAAUCAUGUAAGCUUUUGGGUGGUUAGAGAAAUCCUUCAUGCACAGACAUUAAAAAUCAGAGCAGAAGUUUUGAGUCACUAUAUUAAAACUGCUAAGAAAUUGUAUGAAUUAAAUAACCUCCAUGCACUUAUGGCAGUGGUGUCUGGUUUACAAAGUGCCCCCAUCUUCAGGCUAACUAAAACGUGGGCAUUAUUGAGUCGAAAAGAUAAAACUACUUUUGAAAAAUUGGAAUAUGUAAUGAGUAAAGAAGAUAAUUACAAAAGACUUAGAGACUAUAUUAGUAGUUUGAAGAUGACACCUUGCAUUCCAUAUUUAGGCAUCUAUCUGUCAGAUCUGACUUAUAUUGAUUCUGCGUAUCCAUCAACUGGAAGCAUUCUAGAAAAUGAGCAGAGAUCAAAUUUAAUGAAUAACAUCCUUCGCAUAAUCUCUGAUUUACAGCAGUCUUGUGAAUAUGAUAUUCCCAUGUUGCCUCAUGUCCAGAAAUAUCUGAACUCCGUUCAAUAUAUAGAAGAACUACAAAAAUUUGUGGAAGAUGAUAAUUACAAGCUUUCAUUAAAGAUAGAGCCAGGGACAAGCACACCACGUUCUGCUGCUUCCAGAGAAGAUUUAGUAGUUUUGGUAGGGAAAUAUGAAGAAGCCUGUGUUAAUUUUCUUAAUAAAUGUUUCAUUCAUAAAAUGAACACAGCAGAAUUUAAGAGUGCAACAUUCCCCAAUGCAGGGCCAAGACAUCUACUGGAUGACAGUGUCAUGGAGCCCCAUGCACCAUCCCGAGGACAGGCAGAAAGCUCUACUUUGUCUAGUGGAAUAUCUAUAGGUAGCAGUGAUGGUUCUGAGCUUAGUGAAGAAACCUCGUGGCCUGCCUUUGAAAGGAACAGAUUAUACCAUUCUCUCGGUCCGGUGACAAGAGUGGCACGAAAUGGCUAUCGGGGCCACAUGAAGGCCAGCAGUUCUGCAGAGUCAGAAGAUUUGGCUGUACAUCUAUAUCCAGGAGCAGUUACCAUUCAAGGUGUUCUCAGGAGGAAAACCAUUUUAAAAGAAGGCAAAAAGCCUACAGUAGCAUCUUGGACAAAAUAUUGGGCAGCUUUGUGUGGGACGCAACUUUUUUACUAUGCUGCCAAGUCCCUAAAGGCUACAGAAAGGAAGCAUUUCAAAUCUACAUCAAAUAAGAAUGUAUCUGUCGUAGGAUGGAUGGUGAUGAUGGCUGAUGAUCCUGAACACCCAGAUCUCUUCUUGCUGACAGACUCUGAGAAAGGAAACUCGUACAAGUUUCAAGCUGGUAAUAGAAUGAAUGCAAUGCUGUGGUUCAAACAUUUGAGCGCAGCCUGCCAAAGCAACAGACAACAGGUUCCUACCAACUUGAUGACUUUUGAAUAAAGACAGGUUAAAAGCCUGAAAAAGAAGACAGAUGAACUAUGGCUCACAAGCAAGGAGGAAGGACCUGAUGAAUGUGUGCCAGCUCUACAAAUGUGUGCCAGGACAGAGCCUUCGGGCUCAACCUCUAGACUUUGGGGAACUGAACAAACAAACAUAAGCACUAAUUUCAGGGAAUGGCCUCCCAAUGAGUGGUGUUCCCAAAGUGAAACAUUGGAGUUGCAACAUGAACUGCCAUGGACCAUGCUUCUUUUCUCUGAACUGACCUGUGGAAACCACUGCCUUAAAGAGUGAAAGGAAAAACAACAUGAAACACCAAAUAGUGUGUGUGAGACUUCUGGCGGUGCUGUGCUUAGGAUAGAUUGUAGCUAGUUUGCAUUUCUUUUAACUUUCUACUAAUUUUGAAGUGGGGGAGGGGGGAGUCACAUUUUUUAGAUAUUCUUUAAAGAAAAAAAAAGUAAAACAUUUCUUAAGGGUUACAUUAUAAGGAGCUGGGUUCGAACUGUGGAUAUAAAGAAAUUUUCACAUUCUAGGGAUUCUACCAGCAGCCCACUUUAAGAACUCUUCUCAUCCUCCAUCCACGUGUAGCCCCACUUUCUCUCAAACCACGAGUGGAAGAACUGUAAUUGUAAUAAUGUGAUGGGGGGAGGGGUUAUUGUUGUCAAUGUUUUUAUUAUUGUUUUCAACACUAAACUUGCAAUUCUUAGUACUGUAUGGGGAACAUUAUUUUCUGCAGGAGACACAAAGGCUGAGUAUUCAUACACCAAACACUUGGGGGUGGGGGUUAUUUUUGUUGAAAGAGCUAGAAAAGCAUGAAUGUUUCUAACUGGGUUUAAAAUUUAGUCCCAUUGUCUGAUUCCACAGGCAUUUGCAUCACUGAAUGGAGAUAGACUGAGGAGCGAAGUAUAAUCUUAAACUAGACAUCCUCCCCAAAGAU